UAGGAAUAACGUUAUUGCUGAGCAACUGAGACGUAAGAGCACACAUUGGGCAGGGCACUGAAAACCGUUUAGCUGUUACAUUGGAUCAUUGCAAAAACAUUGCCUGAAGAGCAUAGAAAGGGGAUGACGUAGGGGCUGAAGGAGAGAGAGCGUGUGAGCAGAGAUGAGCCUCACGUCCUGGUUCCUGGUGAGCAGCGGUGGCACACGCCACCGCCUGCCCCGGGAGAUGAUCUUCGUGGGUCGUGACGAUUGCGAGCUCAUGCUGCAGUCCCGCAGUGUAGACAAGCAGCACGCUGUGAUCAACUACGAGUCUUCCAGUGAUGAACACAAGGUGAAGGAUCUGGGGAGUCUCAACGGGACAUUUGUGAAUGAUGUUAGAAUCCAGGAGCAGAUGUAUAUCACUCUGAAGAUUGAUGACAAACUGAGGUUUGGAUAUGAUACCAACCUGUUCACUGUAGUCCGGGGUGAGCUGCAUGUACCAGAGGAAGCUCUAAAGCAUGAGAAGUUUACCAGCCAGCUCCAGCUGGGAAAGAAGCCCGCCAGUGCAGAGCUCCCCAAAACACCCAGGUCUCCUACCCAAGCCACAGAGAGCAAGACAGCUGAAGCCACCCAGGAACCUGCAGCCAGGCCUGCAGAACCCAGCAAGGCAGAUGACAAAGUGCCAGGGGACAUUGCUGCGUUACACAGAGGAACACCUUUGUAUGGACAACCAUCUUGGUGGGGCGAUGGUGAUGCUGAUGACGAGAACUCAUUUAAACAGGAGAAUAAAGCAUCUGGGAAAAAACAGGAAACUCCUGGGCCAGACGGCAAGGAGGCCAAGAGGGCGGAGAAAGCCAGGGAGAACGGCCUGGGCCCACUAGGCCCUGAGCCCAGCUACUUCGAGAUCCCCAGCAAGGACAGCCACAUGGCAGAGAGUAGCAUCCAUGAGAUCCCCACCAAAGACACGGAGGGCCAGGGCGCUGGCAGGCCCACAGCAGGGGCCGCCGCGCAGGCCAACACCUCCUUCACCAUCGAGUUCGACAGCACCUCGCCCGGCAAGGUCACCAUCAAGGAUCACGUGUCCCGCCCGAGGCCCAAGAAGCCUCAGCCAGGCGGCAAGGAGCUCAGCACCCUGCAGGCGGCCAUCAUGGCCUCAGAGAGCAAGGUGGCUGACUGGCUUGCCCACAACGACCCGCCGCAGGUCAGACGCCCGUCCACGGAGGAGGACAGCAAGAGCAUUAAAAGCGACGUGCCUGUCCACCUCAAGAGGCUGAAAGGCAGCAAGCACGAGGACGGCACGCAGAGCGACUCGGAGAACGGCCUGGGCCUGCGCUUCGGCAGCCGGCGCCAUGCGGCGCUGGAGGAGCGGCUGCGCGCUGCAGGCCUGCAGCGGGCCAGGAUCGGCGAGGGUUCGCCGGCCGCCCCCGCCGGCCGCACCGCCUUCACCAUCGAGUUCUUCGACGAGGACAACCCGCGCAAGCGCCGCUCCUACUCCUUCUCCCAGACGGCGCCGCUGGCCGGAGGAGGGGCGGGGGAGGGCCUUUGCCCAGCGCCGCCCCCGCGGCCCAAGGCGGCGGCGGCGGCGGACGGGGUCAAGGGCGUGGCCGCCACGCUGGCGGCGGUGGCGCCCACAGCAGCAAGGCUGCUACAGAAGCAGAGGUCGGAGGAGGGUGGCAUAGCACGCAGCUCCGUCAGGGUGGGCCAGCCGGCUUCUGGAGAUGAGCCACAGAAGCAGGACGACGACCAGAGUGACAAAGGCACCUAUACCAUUGAACUGGAGAACCACAACCCUGAGGAAGAAGAGGCCCGCUGUAUGAUUGACAAGGUGUUUGGGGUGGAGAGCUCGCAGGAACCCGGAUGCCCUGGGCAACAGCAAGCUGUUAGAAAAACUAAGGACAGCAAGAAAACCGGUGGCACUACAGCUGAGGACCUCGUGGCAGAGUCGAUUGCUGUCGGCAGUCCACGCUGGGUUUCCCAGUGGGCCAGUUUAGCUGCUAAUCACACUAGAACUGAUCCUGAGGGCUCGGGGGCCGAACCCCUCGCCUUCGUCCAUCAGGAGCGAGACACUGAUGCCUUGGAGUCUAUGAAGAGCACCAGCUCUGCCACCUCCAGCCAGGCGGAGCGCAAGAGGAGGACGCUGCCUCAGCUCCCCAUCGACGAGAGGAGCAAGCUGGCCAAGGCCUCCUCCUCCGGCCUGCGUUCAGAGAUCGGCGAGAAGCAGGACACGGAGCCCCAGGAGAAGGAGAGCCACAGCGAGCACAAAGGAGAUGGGGAGUGCACGCCUCCUGCAAAGCCAGGCCGCGCCGCCGAGCCACACGCACGCCCAACGAAGGGUGCAGAGAUCGUUGGCGAGGGGGGCCGCGGGAGGCGGGGCGAGGACCGGAGCAGGGCGAGUGAUGGUGAGAGGAGCGGCAAGCCGCUGGUGAGGCAGGGCAGCUUCACCAUCGAGAGGCCGAGCGCCAACGUGCCCGCCGAGCUGAUCCCACGCAUCGGCCGGCGCGAGCGCAGCGACUCGGCCGGCAGCAUGGACACGGCCACGCUGCUGAAGGACACCGAGGCUGUCAUGGCCUUCCUGGAAGCCAAGCUACGCAACGAGAAGAAGGCGGGGCCAGAGACAGAGGCGGGGCGUUCGGUGUCGCCGGAGUCGGACGUGGACACGGGCAGCGCGGCCAGCCAGGCAGCCGUCGAGGCCGAGCGGAAGGCCGCGCAGAAACGCCGCUCGCUCUCAAGCCUUCACAGGGAGAAGAGCAGCGCAAGCUCAGCGGCCAAGAGCGCGGCUGGCGCGCGCGAGCGCCUGGAGAGGAAGGCCAAGAGCAAGGGCAUGGGGGAGGGGCGCCCGGACCCCAGGCGCCCCCCGCCAGCUGGCCCGCGGGCACGCCAGCCCUCCCUGGACCUGACAGACGAUGAGCAGACAUCCUCGCUGCCCAUUUCUGACAUCCUCUCCUCUGACCAGGAGACCUACUCCAGCCGCUCGCACGGCCGCGGAACGCUCGCUUCCACGGAUGAGCCGUCACACGCCAAACUGGACCCGUCCAAGGGCGGCAGAGCCACUAAGCCCAGCAGCAAGGCCCCGCAAGCCAGCGGGGCGUCCGCGGCCAAGCCCGCGGGGUUGCCCCAGCCGCGGCCCACGAGGGCCUCGCUGCUGCGCCGGGCACGGCUGGGCGACGCAUCCGACACGGAUCUCGCCGACGCCGACCGCGUCUCUGUGGCCUCCGAGGUGUCCACCACCAGCUCCACAUCUAAGCCGCCAUCCGGGAGGAAGGCCCCGUCCCGGCUGGACAUGCUGGCCCAGCCCAGGCGCACCAGAUUGGGCUCCUUCUCGGCACGCAGUGACUCGGAGGCCACGGCGGGCCGCGGGGCGGCCGCCGUGCGCAUGUCCGCCGAGACAGCCCUGCGGCUGGGCCUCCGCGCUCCCACCCCUGCUGAUGGCAAACUGAACCCACGCCUGCGUGCCAACAGCGUCUCCAAACUGGCUGACGCCAAGAGCAAAGUCACACUUCCUGCCUCAAGCACCCCCGCAGAGAGCGUUUACACAGAGCUGCCUCUCGCAGAGCCUGAGGAUGGCCUCACAGAGGACCAGCCCAUGGUCGGGAACAGGUGGAGACGCAUGCCUCCAGAGUAUGCCUCCACCUCCGAGGAUGAGUUCGGCUCCAACCGGAACUCCCCCAAGCACGGUCGCCUGCGGCCGGGCACCACCCUGCGUGCCAGCCGGCUGGGCGGCUCGGCCCCAGCCACGCCCAGCCUGGGUGGCAUCGCCCUCAAGCACAGGAUGAGGGAACAGGAAGACUACAUCCGAGACUGGACCGCCCACAGCGAGGAGAUCGCCAGGUUAUUCCCCUGUGUGCGCAGGAUCAGCCAGGACCUGGCGAAGGACCUGGCCAUCCUGGCGCGGGAGAUCCACGACGUGGCCGGCGAGAUCGACUCGGUCAGUUCUUCAGGCACAGCGCCAAGCACCACGGUCAGCACGGCAGCCACCACGCCUGGCUCUGCCAUCGACACCCGGGAGGAGCUGGUGGACCGUGUCUUUGACGAAAGCCUGAACUUUCGCAAGAUCCCCACUGCAGUGCAGACCAAGGCCCCCGAGAUCAAUGGGCGGCCGGUGGAGCUGCGGUCCCGCACCCCCGACAGCCUGGACCCGCAGACCGCCCUGCGCAGACGCACGUGGAACCGAGACGAGGUCAGGCCGGCGGUGUUAGACAGCUUGCUGUUGACAUCAGUAUCUCAACUGUCUUCCAAAAUCCGCCAAACUGUGGACAAAACAGCAGGCAAAAUCAGGAUAUUGUUUAAGGACAAGGACAGGAAAUGGGAUGAUAUUGAGAGCAAACUUAGUUGUGAGAGUGAUGUACCACUCCUGAAAACCAGUAACAAGGAAAUCUCGUCAAUUUUAACAGAGCUGAAAAGGGUGGAAAAGCAGCUUCAAGUCAUAAAUGUCAUGGUGGACCCUGACGGAACCCUUGACGCCCUGACCAGCCUGGGCCUGGCCAGCCCUAGCACGGCCAAAGCCAAGACCAGCCCCAGAGGCCCCCAGUCUGCCAACGGAGCCUCCACGUCUGCCUCCACCAUUUCGCCCAGCCGAGAGGUACCCAGCCUGGGACUGGACCUCGGCCACCCCCGCCCCUGCCCCCGCGCCCACCCUAGUGCAGAGGCGAGCGCCAUUACCAGCAAGUGAACCGAAAGCAUUCAAACCCUCAGAACACAGAAAACCGAACUUCUAAUGCAUAAUUCGAAAUGAUCUGAGGAUUAAUAAACCUUUACUUGUACAUACUAUAUUGCGCCUAUCAUUUACCGAAAGCUGACAUGUGAGAAACGUCCAUAUUUUGUCCCUCGAAUGCAGCAGUGAAGGUCAAACUGUGGACUUGGACCUUGAUACACAGUGCAGCUGAGCAAGCAGACCCAUCUGCUGCUGACAGGACACAAGAAUCAUUGUUACCAAUGUGUUACAUUUGCUAGAUGUCAUAGUUGGUCUGUGUGCGCAUGUGUGUGUGUGUGUGUGUGUGUGUGUGUGUGUGUGUAAUUGUUCCCUUUCAACUUUAAAAACAACUCCAGUGCCUGUAUGCUCUCGUUGUAAGUGUACCUGUUCUACUAAUGGCAAGAACUUAUAAAACAACCGCAUUCAUGUCUGUUUGACGAGAGGGAACAUUUUCCAUGUACUGCAUGCACCAGCGCUGGGGUCUUGGGAGGUUGGUCAUGUCAGAUUAACAGUCAUUGAGGUCAGAGAACGAGACCAAGGCCUGCAACCAGAAGAACAUCAUUUUAUGAGAGAUUCAAAAGACAGUCACAGAGGAAAGACAGAUGAAAGAUAUAAAACCUUUCAUUAAGUGGACAUUCCCGAGAACAGAAGUGUGACUGUGAAGUGUAACUCAAAACAUCUUACCAAAGUAUGUAGAACCCUACACAGACAUGGGGCAACAGUCACUUCAAAUUCCAUCCAGUGUACCUAAGUGGCUGUGCUAGGAAAUCUUUAAAUGCCAUCUAUGUCUUGAUCACACAAAGUGCAUUUAUGCUAUUAAAAGCAUAUUUCAACUCAGUGAUUUUGGCUAUACCUCCAGUAGAAAAAAAAAAGAUCAAUAAGCUCUUGAUCUUUAUGCACUGAUUUUUUUUUUACUUUUGGGCUAAAAAAAAAAACAUAUAAACCUUAUUACAAGACAGUCCAAAAGUUCAGUUGGAGGUUUUAAUUAGCAGUUGACCUACAGCUGACGCACGUCAGAAUGUUGUUCUCCAUGUUAGAAGGUGUUCAGAAGAUAUGCAGUAUUAGACAAUGACUUAGUGAAAUGUUUUAUGACUGUGCUGUCCAUCUCACAUUUACUAAUAUGUUCUCUCUGGUUUGUGCUGUUGACAUCUUAACUUGAGCCCUGGAGCAAACAGGCUUGCUUUUUUUUUCCUCGCUUACGAUAAUAAACUUGCAGUCCUUCAAACGCACAUUUGGUUUUUAACAGCCAAGAUUCCGUACACUAACAUUCUCUGUUAUCAGAGGAACUUUGUGUGCACUUGGGGGAAGUAGUUGCCAAGUCUGAGCUAAUGGGCCGUUUGUGUCUCCAUGGGGCUCAGAAAGCUCACCAGUCGUCUUGUUCACGGAGGAAGGUGUUCCGACAUCGUGUGUAUACUAUUUUUCCUUAAUCUCCCGUUUACUUUGCUGCUUGGGUGUAUUUACAUUGACGGGGGAGGGUGGGGCUGUCACCAAACCGCUUACCUGGCCGUUCUCUGUGAAUCUGUGUCGUAGAGAGAGUAUGAGUUAGUGCAUCUGUAAUUAGGAACUGAAACAGUAGUGAAGAUUGGUACAGGACUAAACACUUAGGUUUUUUAUGUUUGGUAAAUGUAUGAUGUCACUAAGUGCCCGGUAUGGAAAAUGUAGUUCUUGGGCCUUUUAGAAAUGGAAACGAUUAUGUAGCGUGCUGGUGUCACUUUGCACAUCCCAGACUUAUGUACAUUAAUAAUGUUAUGUGUUAAAACCCAUACAGGGUACAAAAAGACAUGAUACCAAAAUCAUAAGAGUACAUUUUGCUGUUCUUAGAACAGGUUGCAUUAUCAGUGGGACAAACCCUAUUUUACAGUAAAACUGACCUAUUGCAGGUUUUGGCAGUAUAUCACUGUACACUUGACAUGUUUUACAAGAUGAGGAACAGCAAACAUGCUUGGUACAGGGUCUUUUGGUUUUUAUUUCAGUUGGUGCAGUUUACACAUUUCUGUAUCAUAUCAUUUUAUGUUGUUCCUCAAAAAUAAUUUUAUUUAUUUUUGUUUUUGUUUAUUGCAUCAAAUUGUUGCAUCGCAUUUUUUUGUUUUCAGUUAAUGGAAUCUUAUUGCUACUCUCAAUAAAGGAGGAAAUAUUU